AUCCGGCCGUCCUUAAGUAUCGCUGACGUCACUGAUAGAACAGCAACGGAGAAUCACGAAUAGAAAGAGGGGAAUUACAGCUUUCCCAGUCUUUCUCGGUUUAUUUUAAAGGAUUGAAUUCCCCACGACAUUGAUUGUGCUAGACUUUGGCUGUUUUGCGGGGAAUUCUUCACCUUGAUUGUUGUAACCUAUCCUUUGACCUUUUACUCCUCUCCUCAACUUGCCAACUACACUUCUCCUGCUUUCACCAGCUAGGAGACGUCGAAACUCUCACAACCUUUCAUCCUCCAAUCUACCAAUCUGCCGAUUCCCAACAUCGCCAUGUCCUUCCUCACCUCCGUCCGGACUGGCUCCCGUCGUGUUCUGCCAUCGAGCUAUACCCUGCCCUCCAUCUCUACAUUCCACACCUCUACACCGCGAUGCGGUCUGAAAGAAAGCGACAAAAACCGCGACGACCUCCCAAGUCACUACGAGACCCAAAAAGACCAACAGUUGAAGAGCCAGAAAACCGGAACCGCAAAGUGGAAUUCCGAUCUAGCGAGCAACAGUGAAGCGGAUGUCAAGGCAGAUCGAGGCGAGGUCGAUUCCUCGGAUAAAGCGUUCCAGGAGUUGCAACAGAAAACCAAGCAGAUUCCAGAGCAGAAGUGAAGGGGUGCAAUAUCGGGGCAGGAAAAUGCAUUUGCGAAAUCGUGACCGUUGUGAUUCCUGGCGUUUAUGAACGGAUGUUGAUAUUCUUGAUAUUCUAUCCCAGACGAAAUUGUCGCCGUUUUGUUACUCG